CGAAACUCAGUGUUGAAGGGUUGAUUGACCUGCCGACCUGAUCCACCGAUGACGGCUUCGUUGGAUGAAUUGAAGCAGGCCUUGAUUCAGACCUUGGAAACUCGCGGUGUCUUGGGACAGGUGAAGGCGAAGGUUCGCGCGGAGAUCUUCGCUGCUCUAGAUGACGAGAAGGUGCAGCGCCCGAACUUGCCACGUGAAAAUGCGUUGAUCAAUGAGCUGAUCAGGGAAUACUUGGAGUACAACGGGUACUAUCACACAUUGUCUGUGCUCUUACCAGAAACUGGCCAUCCAGAGGAGCGGCAAUUUGGCCGGAACUUCAUGGCAUCCGAGUUGCGAAUCCGAGAGGAUGAAAGCAGCAGGGCGCUUCCGUUGAUCUAUGGCCUGGUUCGAGCAGAAGCAGCCCGUAUCGAGGAAAGCCCUCCUGGCGAUGAAUUUGCAGAUUCCGCCCGUGAUGCUCGACCCCUUGACAUGCAUUCUAGAGACUUGUUCGUUUGAUUGCCCUCUGGACCUUCAGGUGGAUGUGGAGCAUUUACGACCCAUGAUCAUACGGGCAAACGAUUAAGGCACAGAUUGCAAGAUUGAAUAGCCAGUUACAUCGGUGAACGUUGACGUGGGCAGGGUACUGCUUGGAAAUGAAGAGAUGAGAUUCUGAGCAUGGAGAGAUUGACUCACAUUUUCAUGAUAGGACAGUAGGUCUAGUGGGUGGUGUAGCUCACGUCCACAAGUGACAUUCAGUGAGCUUGUUGCUGGAGCUGCAACGGGGUGCAAUGGGGUGCAACGGAACAAAAUGGAACGCGGCGUCGAUCCUGUGCGAAGAUUCUUUCGAAAGUAUACUGUUGCACUCGUGGUAUAGAUAUGCUGUAGGAGAUACGAAGCCACAAAGCAAAAGAGGACAAGAAGGAACGGCAAAGAAAGAAACGAAAGCAAAAGAAACAUACAGCAACAGAAGAAAGAAGGAAAUAAAGAAAGAAAGAAAGAAAGAAAUAGAAAGAA